AAAAAAUAUGCUCACUGAAGUUGUUUAUUUGGUAAACAAUAUUUAAAAUGCAUAAUUACACAUUACUAUGACAUCAGUGCCCAUAAGAAGUACAAAUUAACCUAAAUAAAUCUUAAAUCUGGAAAAAAAAAACCCUGUUUUUGUCAGUUUGCUUGCUAAAUAACUGUACAGGCGAUUUGAUUUAACGCGAUAGCAUGAGAAUUGUUAUUUGUUCUUAUCACUCUUUGGAAAUCUAUUCAGUCCUUAAGGCAAAACACGCAGCAGAGGAGAAAAAAAAGGAAUUUAAAGCCUCAAAUCAAACAAAUUGGGUUUGGCAUCCUGAGCGAGGACAUGAGAAAGGAUAAACGGAGGGUAGGAGGGAAGGACGGUAAGAGACAGAAAAAGGAGAGGUGGUGAAAGUGAGUGAGUGAGAGAUGGGCAGGGAGGUAUAAAGAGAGGGAGGGAGUUAUCUACAAGAGGCAGCCAUAGAGGGAGAGGUAACAGAGUAGAUUAUCCUCUCCUCCCUGCCAGUCUCACCAUGUUCAUGCUGCAGACGCUGACUGUUCUCUCGCUCACUGUUAUCUUCCUGGCAUCUGUAGAAGGAAAAGGCGUGCAGAUGCAGAGGGAUGUCCAGUGUUGCAUGCUGUACUCCCAGGGUAAGGUGCGUACCAAAGAUGUGCUGCGGUUUGAGGUGCAGACGGAGGGGCCCGACUGCAGCAUACAAGCCAUCAUACUUUACACAAAGAAGGCAGUGAAAUGUGCGGACCCCAGAGAUCGUAAGGUGAAGAGGUUGUUGAGGAAGCUUCUGCAGAGACAGAGACUCAAGAACCACAGAACAAUGUGGCUGCCUCCUCGCGACAACCUGCCCGCCAUGUCAGAGGACAAAAAAGACAACUGGGCAGUUCUGAAUGUGGAGUGACCAUCAACAGUGGAGUUAGUCGUAGUCAUACGCCAAGUAAUCAUUCAGCAGCUCGUCAGCUUUAACCUGCGAUGCUUGCUGACGUUCCAGUCAUCUUGUGUCUCUCUAUCCGUCUCCUUGGGACCAGACCUGGGCAGCAAUACUUAUUUAAAUGGUAUAAUAAAAUAUUCCCAGUAUGUGAGAGGGAGAGUAUUAUAGUAAGAUAAGUUGCAGUGAUUUUUAUUUAAAGGCUUAUACUGUUAUUUGCCAGAGUCUGCCUGAAAGUAUCGCCCUCUGAAAUAGUGUAAACACUUGUGGCUGAUGUGAGAUCAGUGAAACAACAUUGACAUUCAUAUAUUAUAUCUGCAAUAUACUCUGUGCUUAUUUGUGACUCGUACUGCGUAAAUAAUGUAAUGAUGUGGUUGGGGUUUUGUCAAAAUCAGCUGAGUGUGCAGAAAUUUAAAAAACAUGUUUUUAAUAUUAACUUGCACUUUGCUCUUUUCUCUUUGGCUUUCUUUUGAAGUAUUUGUACUGAGGCUUACAGGUCUUUGUUGAGGCCAGCAUGGGAAAAAAAAAUCACAAGGUGAUGAUUUCCAUGGGCUUUAACAUACUUUUUAACACAUUUUGUCUACUGUGUAUAUUGACUGUUUGUAAAAUAUAAGUAGAUCUUUUUUGGAUUUUGACCCACCGGUAUCAACGAAUCAUCAGAUUUAACUUGGCUUAAGUUUACUUUUCUCUUUUUAAUUAGUAGUUUGACAUUGAACUAUGCCAAAGCACUCAUGAGUUGAAUCAUUAAAUGACAAGGCUGUUAAAACUUAGAGGGCUGUCCUGUGUGUAAAGCACACAAGCAAUGUAACGUAGAGGAAUGCACUGUAUCUCAAGUGAAUUAUUUUAUAAAUUAAUCUGAAACACUAACUACAACUGGUUUUGUGCAUUUUGUUGGGGCUGGGUGGUCUUAUGUAGAGAUUAUACAGUGUUGAGGUUUGUCAUGAAAACAAAUGCAGGGAAGAUGGCAAGAAAAGCAGAACAGGUGUGUCGCUAAAUAAAAAUAUAAUUAAAAGCAAUGUAGCUCGAGGCAGAAAACCCAAUCCGAAAAUCAGGGAGGGAAGCAACAACAGGUUAAGUUGAAAGAACACAAGUAUG